AUGAAAGAGAAACAGAACGCAGAAAAACCGGGACCUUUGCAGAAGUACCUCACAGACACCACAUGCAGUGCUGCCCCAAGACGGACUCUUAAAAUGAUUCAGCCUUCAGCAACAGGUUGCCUGGUUGGCAGACGUAAUGAGAAGAAAUAUUCAGUCAAAAGGAAGUGCAAGUUAACCUCGAAGACUUGUAAGGCUGAGGUGUCUGUGGCAAAGGAGCAAGAAAAUGAGAAUACUAAUGAUGCUGUUGAAGCUGUAGAUCUCAUGAUAAAAGGAAGUCCUUCACCUCAGUAUUGGAAAGAAGUGGCUGAAGAAAGGAGAAAGGCUCUGUAUGAAGUGCUUCAAGAAAAUGAAAAGUUGCACAAAGAAAUUGAGCAGAAAGAUGGUGAAAUUGCCCGCCUAAAAGAGGAAAAUGAAGAGCUGAUGUCCCUCGCAGAACAUGUGCAUUAUAUGACCAGCAUGAUUGAGAGGCUAACUGGGCAAGCACCUGACAAUCUUGAGGCACUGGAUAGUCUGGCUCUAGAGAAAUCCAAACAGGAAAAUGAGGAGCUGAACUGUGCAGAUGAUGCAGACAGUGCUUCUGAAGAAGGACCAUCACAAGUUUCAUGUGGCUUACGGGGGAGUAUAUCAGGUCUUGCUUCAAAGGAAACAAAUAAUUUGCAACAUGAAUGA